UUCAAAUCAUCGCAGCGCACUCACCGCAAUACUCGCUCCUGAUUGGCCCAAAGUUUGUUGUUUUUAAAUGGCGGCUCACGUGUCGCCGGUCGGCGCACAGCAGGUCGCAGUCGGCAGGUGGAACAUGACUGCAAUAGUGCACGUUUUAACGUCUCAUUCAAUGUGAAAUAAUAUCACCAGACCACAAGACUGAAAUGCUCUAGAGAUGUAUUACUGCUUCGUUUGUAAGACAAAAUGUGAAUUACCAGCCGACCUGCAGAAUCACAUGCAGCGGCAUCUCAAGGCUGAUCUUAUCAAUGCUGUGAUCAAACUGCCAUCCGAUACUCACACCACACAAGACUCACACAUUUGCACACAUUGUUCAAGCGCACCUUGCACAUCUGAGUGUUUUGCUUCAAAAACAAUCAAAACCGAAGCAAGUGAUGCCGAAACUAACGAAAUUAAUAAUAAUAAUCCUAUUACCACGAAGAAGAAAUCAAGAAACAAUCCAAAGAGAAGUUGUAGAGACAAAUAUUUAACGAAUAAAAGUGCAAUAGAACCUGUUAGUUUUAAUUGCAUUGAAGAGAAUUAUUACAUUCCUCCUAGUGAUGACUUGACAAAGACUGCAGCGACACCUACACCAACCGCAAUAACUGACGAAAGUGAUGAUGAAAUUAGUAUUAAACGCCUUGCCAAGAAGAUUACUUCUAAAAAAAAGGGUAAAAUUGAAAAGAAAAAGAAACCUGUAGUGGAACCUGUGCUCACCACGCCGAAAAUAGAAAAAGAACCGUCUAGUGAGACUGAUUCUUGUUCUGGUAAUGGCCAAUCAGAGCGCAUGUUCUGCACGUAUUGCGGCAGCGGCUACCGAACCGAGUCGAUGUUAGCCGAUCACAUCCGCCAUAAUCAUCUCAACUUCUGUCAUAUUUGCGAAGUGAACUUUCCGGAUCUCCGCCGAUAUAAAGAACACACUUUGAAACACCAAAUCAAAGUCUAUGUAUGCCCUUAUUGUAAUGAUGAAUUCAGUAAUCGCCGCACGGUUUCCUCGCAUGUGCAAUGCCAUCUACAGGAGAGUGUUAUAGAUGAUGUUUUAUCCCUAGAAGAAGAAUAUUACAGCGAGAGAACGUAUAUGAAUACAAUGUAUAACAUGUUCAACGCUGGUUUCACAUAUGGACGCCGUGCUACGAAUAGCUCGCGGAUUCUGGCGGAGUUUUACAAAGUAUUUCUGCAGUAUUCAGCGAAAGAUGUUGACCGCGUCGAUCGCUAUGGGUAUUUGUGUCGUACAUGCGGUUUUACGCUCUUUGAUCGUUCUCAUUACAGGGAUCACAUGCAAAUUGCGCACAGCGUCACCACGGGCGACGUUGAUUGUUUACUCGAAAUGUAAACAGGUAAAAACGGUUAGAAACCACACAAGAAGUUGAUAAAUCAAUGCGUUAACUUAGAAAAUAACUUACGUUGAUUGUUACAAGUUGUUUUUGAUGUUUGUUUGCAGAAUUUUCAAUAUUUUCUGCUGAAAUUCUCAUUUUUAGUUUGUUUUUGACUUAAGACUGUUAAAUAUUUAUUUUUAAGGCUGUUUCAGAUUGUGAUUCUGCAGAAUAAGUUACCUUUAAGUUUUCAAGUCUGAUUUUGACAGCAAUUGUCAAUAAUCAACGUUAAAAUGUUUGUUUUUGGAGAUCUCUAUUUAGUUUUGUAGUUUUUUACGUUAAAAAACGUAAUUAUUUGUUUUUUGUUCUCAAAUGUUACCGAUUAAAUCAUAAUCGCCCA